AUGUUUACUGCUUGUAUACUAAAUGAAUAUGACGCAGUUUUAAGUUUAUCAAAUCAACAUUGUAUUUUCCUAUAUACUGGUACAGAACAAUAUGACUUACUUAAUCAAGCUUUCAAUUUUUUAAUUGAUGAGUUAUUAACUUUAAAUGUAGAAGGAAUCGUUGAUUCAACUAAUAAUUAUUGGAAAAUUGAAUUUUGGUUUGGUUCUGAUUGGAAAUUCAUGUCUUUAGUUCUUGGUACAAAAGGACCAAUGGCAAAUUAUUUUUGUUUAUAUUGCGAUUGUAAAAAUACAGAUCGUUGGAAUAUAGAUUUAAACUACGAAAAUUUGUGUAAUAUUUUAGGACAAAAAAAACCAAACCUUUUGCCAUUUUUAGCAAAUCAGCAUUGUGUACCAGAUGAAUUACACAUAAUGCUUCGAAUUACUGAU